UUUGGCGUGACGGAAGAGAGUUUGUGUUGGCAACACUGUUGGAUGUAAACAUUGUGACAAAUGUCAAAUGAUAACAGUGAUUGAGGAGUCAUCAUGGCAGUGUCCUCAGGUGUCCCCAAGAUUCCAGACUAUGUAUUUGCUGAGAAAAUAGGUUCCGGAAACUAUGCUGAUGUGUACAAAGCAUUUAAAAAGGGAAAGACUCGGGAAGUAGUGGCCGUGAAGUGUGUGCUGCAGUCCAGUCUUUCUAAGUCUUCUCUCGAUAAUCUGGAAUCCGAGAUAAAAAUUCUCAAGAAGCUUAGACAUGAACACAUUGUACAAAUGCUGGAUUUUUUAUGGGAUGACAAGUAUGUAUACAUCAUCAUGGAGUACUGUAGUGGUGGGGACUUGUCCUCCUUUGUGAAGUCCAGGCAACGAUUGCCUGAGAGCGUGUGUCAAAGGUUCCUGCAGCAACUGGCGUCGGCCCUACAAUACAUGAGAGAACAAAAUGUAAGCCACCUGGAUCUUAAGCCCUCAAACAUUCUCCUGAAAUCAAGAAAACUUCAGGUGCUGAAAAUAGGGGAUUUUGGUCUUGCACAGCACAUGCCUGAAGAAGAUACUAACAGCACCAUCAAAGGAAGCCCUCUCUACAUGGCACCAGAGAUUGUCUUGAAGCGCCAGUAUGAUGCUAAGGUGGACCUGUGGUCAGUGGGCGUUAUCCUGUAUGAGUGUCUAUUUGGGAAAGCUCCUUAUUCAUCCAGGACAAUGGACGAAUUGAUUGAAAAAAUAAAAAAGGACAAGCCAAUUGAAGUUCCUUAUGGAACAAAUAUAACACCUGAAUGUAGAGACUUGUUGGUAAAAUGUCUGGAGAGGGAUGUGAGCAAGAGAAUAGAUUUUGAACCUUUUUUCUCUCAUCCAUUUGUGGACCUUGAACACAAGCCUGGGCCAGAGAGUAUGCAAAAAGCAACUGAACUGCUCAAAACGGCUGUGAACUUAGAUGAAUGUAAAGAGUAUGAACCAGCUUACAGGAACUACUGUCAUGCACUGCAAUACCUGGUUCCUCUUCUUCACAAUGAAAGUGAUGCCAGCAAAAGGGUAGCCUUGAGGCGGAAGAUCACUGAGUACAUGGGGAGAACAGAAGAAUUAAAGAAGGUUGUUAACAAUGAGAGUGAGAGUAAUUUAAGUAUUCCAAAUAUUUCCCAUCAAGAAUCUGUAAAGGUCAAUGAGUACAGAGGAAAUCGUGAAGAGUUGCUGAGAUUGACAGCAACAACACCUCAGAUACAAACAGCAAUAGAAAUUGCUGCAUCAGGAGAGUUGUAUGCUAGAGAAGGUAAUUAUUCUCUAGCCUUUGAGAAAUAUCAGCUUGCUCUUGGUAGACUUCUGGAACUGAUGCAAAAUGAACCUAAGGGACGCAGGAAAGACCUGCUGAGGGAGGAGGUGAUGCGAUGGAUGUCACAAGCAGAAUACCUGAAAGAAAUGUUAAAUGAUGCACCAACACAAGAGAGUGUGGGACCUGAACUAUUUGCAACAGCAGAUGAAAAAAACUGUGUUCUUCAAUAAGUGUCAAUAGGUAUGAUUUUUAAUCUAAAUUACCACUUUCUUUAUUUUCUUUUACCUCAUACGUAUCUUCAAUAUGACAAUUAUAAAACCUAUAGAGGAUGAAAUUAUUUAGGUAUAUUUUUCACUUUGCAGCAAGAAAUCAUACAAAAAAAUUUAGUGCCAUUUGUUCAGCAACUGUUGGUUAAAAGAUAUUAGUUUUUGCCGAUGAGGUUCACUCUAUGUUGUGCCUUAGGCAGUGGAACACUUUCUCCUUUUGCCUUUCCUUUAAGGAUGUUUUUGUUUUAGUUUAUUUUCAUUCUUGACUAGCAUUAAUUUAUUUCCCAGAGGGAGAAAGGUACUGUCAUUUUCACUCAAAUGAAAAAUGAACAUAAGAGGUCUAUGUUGAAAAUUUUCAUGUGGAAUUUCACAUAUUGUUAAUAGAUAUUAGAUGAAAGUAAGUUGCCACUUUGAUCUUGUGAUGUUUUUUUAUUGUUAUUAUGUCCAUGGGUAAGGAUCAGUAGAAUAACAUUCCCCAUAGUGCUAGUAUCUGCCUUAUCAUAAAGCAAGAUUAGCUAUGCAAGUUUUGUAAGUUACACAGCACAAGAUAUUCCUGUAUGCAAAAAGACACCGACCAAGGGCUACUGAAAUUAGUAAAAUGCACGAUUGCUCCUCCAAAAAGUUAAUAGGAAAAGUUCCAGUUGAGGUGGGCAAUUAUGGAGGUGUCAACAUGCCUCUCUUGAAAUACAAAAUCAGGCAGAAAAUUAACUAAUUCUUGCAUUAAUAAAAUGAACAUAACAAGGUGAGUUGUUGGGACAUACUGUAAAAAUUUUGAAUUGUACUUGCAUGAUGACCUAUCAUAUGAGUGGUGUUGUGAUGGAAUUAAGUGAACAUAUGUAUAUAAAGACUAAAUACAUUAAUGUAUCUUCUUUGGUGAAUUGGUUGUACAUGAAUCUAUCUCCUCACAGUGGUUAUCGCUGAAUAAUGUUAGAAUAAAAAAAAAAAAGCGAAUAUGGGUUAAUACACUACUUAAUACAAGUUUGAGAUGGUACUUCAUUUUUAAGAAUUACAUGCUUGUGCCUUGUUAAGUGUCUUAUAUUGCUUAAUGAGAACUGUUUUUGUAUUGUUAUUAUGUAAAUAUACUUACUCCAGAGUGCUUAGAUUUGUAUAUUGUGGAAUGGACUUGAUGUAAGUGUAUGUAUACAAUGUACUCUACUACAUUCAUGUUUGGCUCAUUUAUUUACUAUAGUCUGUCAAAAAAAGAGUAGCUAUCACUCAUAAUCUUACUGUAGACUUGUUUUCAUUGUAUAUAUUUAAAGAAUAUUUUGUUUUGAAAUAUACAAUUAUUAUGAUUAUGUUUCAUUAUUAAUUAUGAUGCAAUAUAAUGCCUGUUUCAUACUACUAGUAAAUUUUCAUUUUGUCUGACCUGUAAUCACAUGAUUCAGCCCAUAGGAAUUGCAGGACCACUGUAUGUAUACUGAUAUAAGCUAAAACAUAGCAAGAUGUGGCUGUGGUAGUUCUUUAAACUAUUGGCAGAGUGGGAUCAAGAUUGUGAAUAAAGAACUGAGAAAUGAAUGGGACUUUACUGCAUUAGUAAUUUUUUGGAAAUAGAUAAAUCAAGAUGUUCUGAACUAGUUGGCAGGAUAUAGUGAAAUUAGAGAAUGAAAAUGGUGAGAAGUAUAAUGGUAUAAAGAGCUAGCAAAAAAUUAGAUGGAACAAAAUGAUGCAAUACUAUACUGUAACAAAAUUUAAGAUCUGAUAGCUGUCUGAGUUCUUGCAUCAUGGAGGAUGGACAUUUGGUAUAGAAGGCUGAUAUGCAUUUACAAAUAGCAUUUACAAGUGCAGACAGGUAAAUUUAAAUGGAGCAAGUGAAAUGAUGAGAGCAGCUAAUGGACGGGAUCAAAUGAAGACAGUCUGGCUGGUGCAAUUUUCUGCUGUUAAAAAAAUGUAUAAAUAAAAUUGGAUAUGUAACUGAGGGCAUAACUUGUAGGCAUGAGUACUUUAAACAUAUAACAUUAUAAGUAGGUAGUUAUUAAAUGUAUAUAUACAUGUUUUU